AUGUUCUUCCCGGGGCGGGACGACCUCGUGCUGCUGCAGAUCCGCGCACAUGCGCUUGGAUCAGGUCUGGUGUACGAGCCUGUGCCGGACCUGGGCCACUUCCCCCACUUCUACAGCCCUGCGCCUCCCGCCAACGCUUCUGCCAGUGGAGGCCGUGAAGGGGGGGGCGAGGGUGCAGGUGCGGGCGAGGGGGCGGGGAGCAGGGGCAUGCCUCUUUCAGCUGUGGUGCAGGCAGUGAAGCUGCCACUCGCCCAGGGCGUGCAUGUGCUGCCGCCCUUCCUCUCCGCCUCCACGUGA